AUGUCCGGCGUGAUACGAAACCAGUCUACCGCUGCCUUCCAAGGCUUCUCCAUCUCUCAGCCUUUCCUCGGCGCGUCUUUGCAGUUCUACCCUGAGAUGGGUACCCAAGAACUCGACGACCUUGUCAACGCCUACCUCCCCGGCUCUGCCUCCAUCCAGGAGAAGCGUGCCACCGUCUCUAUGGACUUCUUUGCAUUCUCCCAGCUCACUGGAGAGACCUUCAAGUACUAUCCCGUUGCCAGCGAAUCCAGCAGCUCCGCCAUCUCCUCUGCCGGAUCUAGCCCCGUACAGAACUCCAGCAGCAGCUCCAACUUCGUAUCCCCUAUCAUUUCUGACUGGUCUUGGUCGCAGUCUACGCCCAGCUCAGCUUCUGCGUCUACUCCCACAUCUGUCAGCCAGGAAUCCAUGUACUCCAAGUCUUCCAAGAGGGCCGCAUCCUCUGCGACAAAGCCCCAGGCUAACGACUUCUCCCACCUCCCUGGGAUGAAGAUCAUGACAAAGGAUGGCCGCGAUGUCACAAACUCUGCUUCUCGCGGUUGCAAAACCAAGGAGCAGCGUGAUCAUGCGCAUCUGAUGCGCAUCAUCAAGGCAUGCGACGCCUGCAAGAAGAAGAAGGUCAGGUGUGACCCUAGCCACAAGAAACGCACCACCACACAGGCUCAGGGUGCCGCUGCCGCUCCAGCGCGGUCAGCGAAGAAGGCCAAGACGUCGAAGAGGGAUUCGCCAGUGGCUACCGAAAGGUCACCACAACCAAGCACGUCAUUAUCAACACCAGCAUUGUUUACAGAUUCCUCAUUCGCGGACCUUGACAUGCUCAACAUGGCAGAUUCUUGGGAGUCCUUUGUCCAAUUCGAUGACGAGCCCGCCAACGUUGCUCCUUUCGAAUACGACUUCUUCUUCGACCCCGCGGGACACCUUACUCCCGAGUCAAGCCAGUCUCCCAUUACUCCCUCGAUGGUAUUCAGCCAGUCUCAGAACGGCUCCGAUGGCCUCCAGAACGUGGUUGCUAGCAAGCCAUUCCCCGACGAGCUCGAUGUCCGGCCACCGGCGCUUCCUUACCUGGACUCUUCCCCGCGUAUCAGCAACUACGUCGACUUCAACCUCUACUCACCCGAGCCAAGCUUCUUGGACGACGAUGUUGCACUACUCAGUGACAUUGGUACUACUACCAGGACGCAGAGCACACCAUCUCAGCGCCGUAGCUCGCCUCAAGGCAGCCAGUCGUCAGUUCAGCAACAAGUACACCUCGGUCGCUCUCCAACGGCACCAGAUGAUUACUUGGCAGACGAUAACGGGGCACCGCGUCAUGGUCUGUCGUCACCGGCACCGUCCAUCGUCGGUAGCAGUACAUACUGGAGUACCGACCGUUCCAAUGACCGAGUCUGA